GAAGUAUUCAAAAAGUGUCAUCGACGCCGCCGCCGGGGUACACUCCGAACCGAGGAGGGUGGUUGUAAUUUUUGAUUUUCGGUGGUGGAUUUGCAAGCAAAAACAACAACAUCUGCUGCGCUAGGAAGAGGAGGAAGAAUCUGUUACAAAAGUUACGUCGCUCGUCGUACACACAAUCGAUAAAAACCUGAAAAUACUAAAUCGUGUUUCUUUUUUUGUUGUUUGGAUAAAUAAACAAAAGCAACGUGGAUUCUAAUUGGAGGUUUCUUCAAGACGUUCAAAAUCACGUUUAAAUAAGGCGCAAAAACCCCAGCGAAAACAUUUGCUUAACAACAACAAUAACAUAACACUAUACAACAGAAACAACAACAACAACAAAUAAAAAUAAAACUGAUAAAUUUCUUUGCAAAAAAUAAAGUGUAACCCCGCAUCUAAGACAGUAUGUCCCGAAGAUAGUUAAAUCAAACAAAUGACAUGUUUUGAUUGAUUGCCUGUCUUUCUCACUGAUCACAAACGACGACAACAAUUACUCAAGAUAAAAUGAAGGCGCCAGCAACAGUCAUCAACACCAACAACAAUACCAAUUCCACCACGAGUUCCAAUGGAGGAGAUGAGUCUUUUUGCAGCAGCAGCAAUACAAAUUUUAUGCCGAUCUCCUCUGUAUCCGAAAUAAACAACUCUACAAUGGAUAAUACCCAUCAUCAUCAUCAACAGCAGCAGCAUCCACAGCCGCAGCAACAGCAAACCCCUAGCUUUGGAAGCAACAAUAUUAGCACAAGCAACAGUGGCAGUGGUGGCCUCCUCAUGCACCAUCAAACAAGUGCCAGUGGCAGUGGAACUGGUGAUGGCCCUGGAGCUAGUAGAAUAAACGGUGUUAACAUAACCAAUAAUGGCAAUAGCAACAGCGGUGGAGGCUCGUACAUUAAAGCCUCACUAUCGAUGACAUCGCUGCCCCCCGACGAACAACAAGAGGGCAGGGAAGUUAUUAAGGCUAAGCUGAGGGUUGAGAGACCGUAUAAUAGUCUAAAGAAAAAACGAAAUACCGACCGUGACACGUGGCGCCACUCAUGGGGCAGUGGCCAUAGUCAUAGUUCAUGCAGUCUCCACAGUAAUGCAACAACUGGCGGUAUAAUCGGGUUAGUGUCUGGAAAAGAUGAGUUUUGGGCUGCACUACAAACCAACUACAAUUAUAUUAUGGACACAAACCUAUUGGAUACUUGCAAAGAAGCUCGUUGUGAAAUAGAAGGCGCUGCAAGCAUUACAAAGAAUGCAACAGAAAAUUGUUUAAAGAUGUUAGAUACUUCGAGAAGUGAAGGUUCAUCAGAAGAUCCAAAAGAAUUAAGGAAAUGGUUACGUGAAAUGGAAAGUAAACUAGAAGAAGCUCCUACUCUAUCGGAAGCAACACAAUUUGGCAUCGAAGAAUUGCAAAGACGCCUGGAUGAACACUCGGUGUUAUACCGUGAAAUAGUAUCUCAUGCUCGAGUGGUUGGUGCAUGCAUAAAGGCUUCUGAGAAGAAAAAUAAUUUAGCUUCUGACGAACAACAACAGCAACAAAAUUCAUCCUUAUCCUCAACUGAUGAGAAAUCAGCUGGAGUCGGAACUGGAUCUGCUGCUGGUGCUGAUACAAGAGGUGCUAGUGAUUUGGUAACUGGUGGAAAAACUCCAUCACCAAAUAGCAAAGAAACAUCAUCCAAGCAAAAAAGUUCCAAUAACGAAGGAAAUUUGAAAGGACUAGAACAUCGUUAUCAUUUGUUGUAUUUGAAAGCAAUCGAAGUACAGUGCCUUUUUGAGGGCCUAUUGGGAAAGAAAAUAUCAGCUGCGAACCUUCUCAGGAGUGGUGGUGCAACAACAAGCGAGGAAACCGACGAAGAGCCAGCUUCAAAAUUAGCCCGUCUAUCGGACUCAGAAAGUGACGAUUCUACUCAUUCAGCUGAAGAACAUCGUGUAGCACUUAGAACAACCGCUGAAUGUUGUAAGAAAGCUGCAAAGAAAUCGAAUUGCAACAAGACUGACUACGCUGAUGGUGACGACGAAGACGACGGUGAAGACGAAAUCGAUCAUCCACAGAGCGGUCACUCAACUGCCAAUUGGUCAAGUUUGAGUUUCAACACUGUCUUGACCCAGGAACGGGUCCAUCAGUGCUGCAUUACUACAUCGCUUGCAUCGACCGACUUCGAUGCCGAUUCCGAAGGCAGCGAUUAUGAAGUUGUAAAACGUUCGCGUCGCAGUGAAAAAUACCCCACCUCGGGGGUCGUCGGCAAUUCUAAUAAUAAUUAUCGUUGCUUGCUGUCAACGCCCGUGCGAAAUCAUAACGCCGCCAGUUUUAAUCCCUUCCAUUCGCAGCUGCUUAGCUCCGAAAAUGAUUCAGUGUUUAUUUUGAGUGAUAGCAUGGACAGUAAAUCGCUAAUGCAAUCGAAAUUGCUAAAUGGUAGCUCUGCGGGUGGUGCCGGUGAAUUAUCUAAACAAUCACCCCAACCGCUCCAACAGCAACAUAAUUCACCUAAAUUGCUUAACAUAAGCAAUCACAAUAUUACUCGCCUGUCACCGCAGCAACAACAACAACAACAACUACAACAUCAAAACCAAUUGCUGCUUGUAAAUUCAAAAUCAGGAACGGCAGCUACGUCUACGGUCUUGACAACAUCGCCCUGCAGCAAUGGCGGCGGCGGUGUCAGCAGCCACAACAUUAAUGGCAAUAGUAACAUAGGCUGCACUGUUGGUGCUGGAAAUUUAAAUGGAAAUGGAAACACGCCAGUCAGCAAUGCCGCCGCCGUUGGAAUAAGGAAACGUCAUCGAAACAUUGACAUUUCUAAAUUCAAUGAGUCCAAUCGAAAGUCAAAUAGUUGUGCCAUAUUCUAUUUUAAGCAUUUGGAUACGGAUAACGAGACGAAUUUUAGCGGCGGUGCCCUGUCAUCGUCGCAUGGAAGCGAUAUCUCGAAAUCUGCUGAACCAUCUUCUGACGACGACGAAGGAUGGCUCUACACAAACAGUGCUGAACAUUGCAUCGACGGAAGUCAUCGCCAAACGAAAAUCGUCGUGAAUCAAGAAAAGAGUCACCAUCACCACCAACAUCAACAUCAACAUCACCAUCACAGCAAAGCUAACAACUCCUCAUCGCAGCUCAGUACAAACGACGAUUCUGAUAAGGAGAACAAAACAGGCACAGCUGUAACAUCGAUUUUGGCCAACAACGCCAACAGUGGCGGUAGCAGCAGCAAUAGUAACAGUAACCAAACUACACCGUCCAUUCGAAGCUCUUCAUCGCUGAACUCGUCCAGUCAGAUUGCUAUAACCGAAAUUCAAUUGAACGGCGGUGGAGGCAGCAGCAAUUAUAGUGGCAGUACAACUGGCAGUUUUAUUGGCUGUGCUGCGACCUCAACGACAGUAGUUAUGCAUCGCAGCGUAAUGGAGCUGCAGUUGGGCAGUAACAAUAGCAUCAGUCAAGGCAGCAGCACUAACAUAACCUCCCGGAGUCCCAAUAGGAGCGUUCAGAGCAAUGAACAUCAAUUCGUUGAUCCCACAACACCAACAAAGUGUUAUUAUUCAAACUUCGAGACAAACCCCGUAUUCAAUGGGAGAAAUGUUUCACCAAGAACUCCGAAGAAAUCUGGCAAUACUGUCACAACUGCUACAUUUGAAGUGUCAUCAGCAAAGGAAGUAUCGCAUGAAUCAAUCAAGCAACUUGUACUCGGCGCGGAGCAUUUAGUUCGUGAUGAUGCAAUGAAGACACCAACAAAGCAAAAUCAACAACAGCAAAAGCAUUCCAUUGUUAAAAUUUCUUCAACAAUUAAGAAGCGUGAAGUUAUAAUGCCAGGACCAGCUAAGCAGAGAAUAGAGGAAUGGUUGGAACACCAACCAGUUUGUAUCAAACAAGAACCCCAAGUAUCAUCUGUUCCAACAACAGAUUGUGAAGCUUCCGGAGAAGCUUCAGAAACCGAUUCAGUAGCACGAGGAUCCGAUUCGUCCGAGGGAUUCACAGAUUCAGUUGCUACUUGCAUGCAAACUACCGGGGGAAGUAAUUCCUAUGGCAACUCGAUUGAACACAUUGGAGGGUCUGCAGAACCCAUUCCAACAGUUGGUAGUAAUCAGAGUUUGAAUGCCACUUCAAAGGUGCUGCGACGUCAGAAUCGUCGCAAAAACGACCGACCAUGGUCAGUUUCCUGUCUAUCCCAACUGACAGAGGCAAAUGCUCAAAUAGGUUCUAAGGCUCAAGCCAGCCAAGCUGGUCUAGCCACACAUUCAAUCAGUGAAUCGGCUUUGGAUAGUCUAUCGCCAGGUCGUCAAAGGAAUGACUCUCAGCCCAACAUUAGCGUUAAGAAUACUGAAAGCAAGAAUUCCCUUAAACGUCGGAAAAUCCGCAAGAAGAAGCAACUGGCUAAGAAGAACGAAUCUGGCUCGGAUGGAAUGUUGCAAAUUAAGAAAACUGAAUCUCUGUCAUCUGGACAGACUGUACAGGAGAUUACAGCUGCGUUGCUUAAUUUGCCAAAAAGCAAUCUAGAAGCUGGUGAAGAACAAACUCUUAUGAAGCCAAAUUUCCGAGUUGGUUCCUACACUACAGCCUACAUGACCAAUGAGAAUAAACUAGGAUCAUUGGCUGCAUUGGCCACCUACAUGAACGAGGAGGAUCCACAAGGAGCUGCGACACCAGUGCCCAGUGUUCGAGAAUACACUACUGGAACCGAGGAUCAUCAUAGUAGUUUCUCGGAAACUGCCUGGGACAAUUAUCAAGAGAAAUAUAACUCUGAGAAUUACUCCGAAGGUUUUGAUUCAGAUGCUGCUAGACGCUUAUUAGAAUUCGGGGACGAUUAUCGCAACUUCCUUGAUUCGCAAUCGGAUUGUUGCUCCUCUCUAUCGGCUGCUAACAAUUUGGACUCCAUGUCGCCACCACAGAUGGAUUCGUUGAAACAAAACGAAGCGAAAGUUGUCAUACAGGAGACAAUUGUUAGUAGCGUUGAUCAUGCGAGACGUCGUCGUGCCCUCGAAUUGGAAUAUGAACGUCGUCGUAAGAACCUAGAAGUUAGACGUAAAUCAUGUCAAGAUGACAUUAUCCAGAACAUUCGCAGCCCGACAACGAGUCUGUCUUCGUCGGCCAACGCAUUGACACCCAAGAACAACGAAAAGUUCUCUUUCAUGGCCCGAGUCGACUCAGCCACCCGUAAGCUUGAUUUCGGAAUGAGCCAUUCUGCUCAGAGCCUUCGUCGCACUUCGGAGAGUGACACUUCUUCAAGGCGCCGUCGAGCCGACGAUCGUCGUCGGUCAUCACGCAAUCUAGAGAAGUCCAUAAAACUCAUCCCGGCUACAUCGUCAUCCAGCGAAGAGCACACAGAUGAUGAAAAAGAGAUGAGGAACUUAUUGACUCAAAGCAAGAAUCGCCUUGAGGAUACACGCUCAUUGAAAAUCCGAAGUCAUUUGCUCAGACCUGAGGAUUAUGCCGAAAUCAUUGCAACUUGUCGCGAUAAUAUUCGCUGCUUGGAUUCCGUUCUGCGCGGCCCACCAGGCACCGUUAUGUCUGCAGGCUGUUUAAAUGCCACAAAAGAUCUACUUUCAUCAUGGGAGGAGCUGCUAGCAUGGAGUGAAAAUGCUGCUGCUGCACGUAAAAUGCAAGAGGAGAUGAUCAUUUUGAAAAGUUCACUUAAUCGUUUGGGUGGCAAAUUGGCAUGCGACUUGGAUACCGAACCAUCGAUUCAGUUGUCUAUUGAAGCGUUAAAGAAUGAAAAGUCACAAUUGCAAACAUACCGCACGAAUAUGCUACGCUUAAAUGCAUCAGUUCACAGUUGGCUAACAAGACAAGAAAGAAAAUUAGCCGCAGAAUUGGCUGAACACGAAGAAGCCAUUAAAUCAGCAACAGAAGCUACUUUGCAAUCAUCGCAAACACAACAAGUCCCGGAGACCAGCAGUGGCAGCAAUAACGAGAACGUCACUGUCGAUAAUAGCAACAAGAAGUCCGUUGGCACAAUUGCAUUCGAUCAGGACAAACACUCACAAAUCACCACCAUCAUUCAGUCAGAGUCCGAAUUCCAUAAACAUUUGAAGAACGAAGUUAGUGAGAUGUAUAGUGCUUGGGAUGAGGCUAAUUCAAGAAUUAACAACCAAUUGGAAGUGUUGACCACUUCAUUGAUUGCCUGGAGGCAAUUAGAAUCGGGGCUAUAUGAAUUCCAGCAGGUCCUUGGAAAGGAUCGUGGAACGCUAAAGGGACUCGAAGGUGCAUUAGACAAGGGCAAGACCACACCAGUGGAACUUGCACAAAAUGUCAAACUGGUGGCCAAACUUUUGUCAGAGAAAGUUGAAGUCAGUCAGGAACAGCUCACUGCUGUUCAAGAGCAUCUAGAUCCCAGCCGAAUCCUCCAUAUCGCCCAAUUCACUGCAUCAAAUGGUUCCCUGUCCGACAGCGGAAUCUCAGAUGGAGCAACAUCUGAUGGUGGUCUCUCUGAACGUGAACGCCGUCUGGGUGUACUCCGUCGCUUAGCCAAACAAUUGGAAUCUGCUCUGGCUCCUGGUAGUGAGGCAAUGAAAUCAAUCGCAGCUCGCAUGGAAUCAGCUGAAUUCGAUCUUAAGAGUCUGCAAAAUACAUGUAGGGAUCUAAUAGUUCGUACUGCUGCUUCACAUACUAAGAAAUCAGUACAAAACGGAUCAGGAGGAGAUGAUCGUCCACCAAGCAAGAAGAACUCUCCAGAGUCAUCGCCGUCAUCGAAACGCCGCAAUAAACGCAACAAGAAAUCAGCAGCCAUCGCAGCAGCGAAUCUUGGUGAAUCCGAUGCAGCGGCUUACAAUGUUGCUCUAGCAACCUCACCCGAUGCUGGUGAUCCCGAUGAUCCUUACAAUGAAGAGUCUCUUGAUUUCGACUCAUCUGAUGACGAGAACAAAACCGGAAAGCCUGGUUGGGUGAAACGUAUUGCCAAGAUCGCCUUCCCCAUGCAGGUGGCUUUGUUCACUCUGAUUUGUGCCGCUUGUAUGAUGCAACCCAACUGUUGUGAUAAUCUCAAUAAUCUUUCGAUGAGUUUUACACCACAACUGCGCUACAUACGUGGACCGCCACCGAUUUGAGCGUUCCCAGUGUGAAAACAAAUCAUAUCAUCACUCCAUAUGCGAUGCGAGUGUAGAGUUUUCAAAACCGCGUUUUUCUCGUUUAAGAAUACUAUUAAGGGGGCGGGUCUCUCAUUUUAUUCGAAAUAAUUUUGAGCAAGAUCCUAAACCACAUUAUAGAAUGUAAAAUAGUUGAAGGCAUAAAAGAUACACAGCGAGAUGUGUUUUCUUAAUAAGUGAUGGCCUUUUUAUAAAAAAGGUCAACCAUACUCGCGCCGUCUUCGCCGUAGACUCUUUUACAUUUUUAAGUGUACUCUAAGCGUGUAAGCAUGCCGAGUUCGCCGGUCUCAAAAACGGUUAUCGUGUUGUAGUAGGUAGGUUAGAAUUUUUUUUUUGUGUUUAGGAAGAGUGUAGAAAUAAUAGUUUAGGAAGACAACAAUUAUGAUGAGAAAAAAAGAAAAUCAAACUUGAAGAGAAACUUUUUUUUUAGAGUUAGAACUUUUUGACUUUUAAAGUCUUGUUUCGCCGCAUGAUGAAAAGAAACUUUUAUAUCAAACCGCUAGAAGGGAUAUGUGCAGAAGAAAAAAAGCGUUCAACGCUAGAACAGAAGAAAAAAAUAUAAAUCAGACUCCUUUGGAAAUCAUCAAAGGGAAAAAGAUAGAAGAAUCUUUAUCAUUUGAAUUGAAUAAUUUUUGUUAAUUUAAAAAUUUGAAUGCUUAACACGGCUAAAAAGAUGGAUAAAUGUAUCAUUACUAUAGAUAUCAUCGUCUUGCCAGCGAAAUAGAGUGAAUUUAUGUUAUAGGGAGACAAAGUAUGCAACGGGAGGUUUUCAGCUUAGAUUACAAAAGCAUGAAUAAUGAAAAUCUCAGCAGCAAUAAUUGUUGAUAGAAAAGGAAGAAAUAAAAAUGAAAAACUACCUGCCAGUCGGGAUGAAAAGCAUGAGUCAAACACAAACCUCCAAUGCUCGGAGGAAAGUUGACUGCAAUCCAGUAAAUGAAAAACAAUAGUACCAGUAUAAAUGUGCCUGAGGAAUGAAUACAUUUUUUACACAAAAUACAAAGACUUGAAAGGGUUCUCUGCAGGUAAUUUAUGCAAUAUGCAACCCCAAAUCAAAUAAAAAUAAAAGAAUCCACCCGAAAAAUAGAUACAAACAAAAAAUCUAUGUAGCAGCUUAUGAAUUUAUUAAUAAACAAUAAAUAUAUUUUUUGUCGUCCAAACAAUCGUCCUGGUAAUAAAUACACACAAAUUUAAUUGUUAUCCUAUAAAACUAUAAACAGCUGCCUUAACAUAGUUAACACAGAAAAGAAAAGAAGUAUCAAUUUAUAAUAUUGUCCUUAUCCUAGAGACUUAAAUCGAGAAACAAUUAUAAAAACAAAAAACUUAAAAUCAAAAACACUUUUUCUAUUACAUUAAUAGGAUUAAUAAUUAUAAUCAUAUAUAUAUUUAUUUUUAUCAAUUAAAAUUAAAAAGAAAAAAAAAACUAUAUUAAUUUGUUUCUUAUAAUAAAAACUAUGAUAAAUACAUUUAAAAUUAACAUGAUUAUAAGAUUUAUUAUAAAAUAAUUAAAAACAAAUUAAUAAUCCCUAAAUACGCCUAUGCUAAACUAUUGUAUUGUAAUUUGAAGUAAGUUUUCUUAAUUAAUUGUGGAUUUUUUUUUUGAAGAAAUAUUAAUUAUGUUCGUCGGUUUUUUUUAAGAAUUCUUUGUCAUGGAAACGUGUACCGUCUUAUAAUUAUUUUUUUGUAUACAUAGAUUAUAGAAAGAAGUAAGGUUUAUAUUUUUGGACAUAAUAAUUCAGAAAAUAAAAAAACAAGAAAAAUAUAAAUAAAAGCAAGUAUUUUCAAAUUUAAA